UUGGUUGCAAUGACUGUCAAAGUGCCAAUCACAAGAGCGAAUGUGUGUAAACACAACAUUGAACGAAAUGUGUUGAGUAGAAAACGUUGAUGUUGACUAGAUACAAUUGAGUCACAUUUACACUUAAAUCACAAUGAAAUUAUCAGCAAACUGAUGUAAAACUUCAACGUAACGCAGGGAGUGAGUGUUAAGAUAAGCGUCUAACAACGAAAACUACACUCAGCCCGUGAUUAUUUGUCGUUUUGCUAUUGGACCAAAGACAAAGAGUGAUUUCAGGAUGAAUUCUACCCAGCAAUUGAUUCAAGUUUUUGUGUAUGGCACUUUGAAGAGAGGCGAACCAAACCAUCACUGGUUGACGAACAAAGAAAAUGGAUUUGCACAAUUUGUGAGCAGCGGUAAAACCGACACCCAAUUUCCACUCAUCGUAGCAACAAAGUAUAACAUUCCAUUUUUACUGAAUAUACCUGCAACUGGCCACAGUAUCAAUGGUGAAAUCUAUUCCGUUGAUGGAACAAUGCUCAGAAAUUUAGACGAACUCGAAGACUAUCCAGAACUUUAUGAUCGAAACAUUUUCACAAUCAACGGAUCCGAUGGCAAGUCACAUCAAUGUUGGAUUUAUAUGCUCAAACGAUUCCCAGAUGACUUUCUGAACAAGUACAAAUUCUUGAGCGAAUAUCGAAAUUCAGUGGAGCAGCCAUACCGUGAGACUUAUUUAGAUACGUGCACUCCGGAUGAUCUAUACACUUCCUAGGUGACUCAGACCAUGGCCGCUAUUCGUUCCGGAUGAUUUUUUUUUUGGAUGACAUGUACAAACAAGGACUAAGAAUCGUAUAAAUUAAAUGCACCAUACAGUUUUCAAUGCCAAUACUUGUGAGAAUAUUCCGAAAAUGUUACUGUUUUCCUUUUAAAGUUUGUUAAAAGAAAAUGUUCCUCGAAAAAUUGUAUUUCAUUACAUUUAAUCAGUCAAUUUGCAUAAAUGUAGAUUUUUUAAACUUUUUUCGAUUGGCAGACCAAAUGAGAGAUUUAGAUUGUAAAUGUUUGAUUUCAAAUUCAAUUCCUCAAAUAAAUGAAAUUGUUUCUCUUACCACACACUUUGAUUAAAUGGAAGAUGAUAAUUGUUUUAAAAAAAAUUGAACAGUCGUUAAAAUUGUGACAUCAAUAAUUUUGUCAUUUUCAAUCGAAUGAGAAGAAAAUCAAAUACGCGUUGAUUAACAUGUAUCAAAUACGAGUAAUAGUCACCAAAAUAGCAUAUUGAGAUUUUGUAGCAAAAAUGCAUUCCGUUUGAAUUGUAAAAUAAUGAAAAACUAAUUUUGUCUCGACCAUGCAUACCCCGUGUGAAAAAAUAGUAACUGAGCAGUCAGUUAACUAAUUUGUGACAAAAAUGACUUACUUUGAUUGACAUUUCAGUACAAAGUGUAGUGUAAGUCUAUCAUAGUUAACUGAAAUCAUUUGAAGUUACAAGUCAAUCUAAGUUGCUUCAUUUGGGACCAAGUGAUUUUCUUAGAACAAAAAUAUAAAUUCAAUCAACUAAAGUCAACUGAAGUUAUAGUCAGUCAGUCAUUUCUUUUUCACACGGGACACCUUGUGUCUGAAUUUAUUGAAUAUAUCAUCUCAUUCGAAAUACU